AUGCACCUCAAGCUUCUCCACCAGAACAGGACUCGACAACCAUGGCAGAACCCACCGAGACCAAGAUGCAGUGGCCCGCCGACGACCCAGACCCGACUCCCCACCCAACCCACAGCCUGCCCAGUCCUCACCUGCCUCCUCCUCUCCUCGCUCAACCUCCAGUCUGCCCAUUCCUCACCUGCCCCCUCCCCUCCUCAUCCGCCACCCAGCCGACACUCUGCCUACUCCACACCUGUCUCCUCUCCAGCCCAUCCUGCACCUGACAGCCCCCCGACCCAACAUCACCUGCCUCAACAACCGAUCCUCUCCCAUCCCACCUUACCCCCACUCCCACCUCUUAGCCCUGUUCCAGAGCCUGAUGAUAACGCCCCGCUGUCUCCAGCUUCCAACACAGACCACCAAGACCAGUCACAACCCCAAGAAGAUGAAGACGGUGGAGACGACGCUGGUGAUGAAGUAGAGGACCAACCCCAACAACAAGAGGAGAAUGUCCCAGAUGAAGCAGAAGAAGAAUGGCUACUAGAAGAAUUCUCUGCACCCCUGCACAAUAUCCUCCACCACCCAGACUGGGAUGCUUUCACCGAGCUACUGCAGCAGAUAACAACAACAAUGCAGGAGCACUUCAAGAUCCCAACUGACGGUAGUUCGACAACAUCAACUCCAAUCGACGUUAACGACUGUGCCGCUAUCUAA